UCGCAAAUUCAGAUUUUGCACACCCCUACACCGCUUGUAAACUUUUUUGAUAAGAAAGUAGAAAUAUUUCUAUUAGAUUAUCAUUUAGUUCUUACUCUGAUCGCUUCCAGUUCAGACUCAAAUCAUGGAUUUUAAGUACUUGCCGUGCCCGAUAAAGAAUGUUCAAAUAACAGAGUCCAAUGCUUUCGACUCCCUGGUUGUUAUUGAAGAUAAUGGAACGCCGAAAGCUGUUGCUGAUUAUGUUGUUGAAUCAAAAAAGUUUGAUAAAGCUUUUUCAAAUGACGUGUCAUGCUUCAAAGUAAAUAAUCAAACAAUAAUUUUCUGUCCUUUGGCAAUCAACGACUACUCUGAUGUUCGGGAAUAUUUUAAUGCAGCUAAAAAAGGAAUCGAAAGAGCUGUGAAAGCUGGUUAUGCAAAACCUACUCUUUUAUUGCCGUCGUCGCCAAGAUUCAAAAAUGGACAACUAUCAGCAAUUCUCGGAGCUUUGGCAGGUCUUUACGUUCCAAUUCAAUAUCGCGAAGCUUCGCCUGCUAAUGUUUCUCGUAUUCAACAUUUAUUUGUUACAUCAGCUGAUAAAACAGAUAUUGGAGAAGUCCUCAAACAAGCAAUUUUCCUUGGAUCAGCACUUCAAAUAUCUCGUGACAUUGGUGGCGGCGAUCCAGAACGAAUGGCACCUCCAAGAGUGGCAGAAUAUGUAGAAGAAGCUUUCAAAGGUGGUCGCAUAAAAAUGGAAGUUAUCUCAGAUCAAGACAGAAUUGAAAAAGACUUUCCUUUAUUUGGUGCUGUUAAUCGUGCUGCUCGAGCAGUUCCUCGACAUCAUGGUCGCAUAAUUUUCUUGGAAUAUGUUCCACCAAAACCAUCAAGAAAAACUCUGAUGUUAGUUGGAAAAGGUGUCACUUACGAUACUGGUGGAGCUGACAUCAAAGCUGGAGGAAUUAUGGCUGGAAUGUCACGUGACAAAUGUGGUGCAGCUGCAUUAGCUGGAUUCAUGAAAUUUGUCGAGAUGGCAUCGCCAGAAGAUGUUCAUGUCGUGAUUGCACUUUGUAUGGUCAGAAAUUCAGUUGGAGAAGAAUGCUAUGUUGCUGAUGAAAUCCUCACAUCCAGAGCUGGUGUUCGGGUUCGUGUUGGUAACACAGACGCUGAAGGUCGUAUGGCAAUGGCUGAUAGUUUAGCAUUGAUGAAGGAACGAGUUGUGAAAGAGAAUCUUAAAGAUCCUCAUUUGUAUACAGUUGCUACGUUGACUGGUCAUGCAUGUCUUGCUGUUGGUGACUACACAGCAGUUAUGGACAACAAAGUCGCUGAAAACAAUGGUCAUGGACUGAACUUUUGCAAAGCUGGGGAUAUUCUUGGCGAUCCAGCUGAAAUUUCGCCAUUACGGCCUGAAGACUUCACUUUCCAUCGAUCAAAAGCUUAUGGCGAAGAUUUGCUUCAAUGCAAUAAUUUGCCAUCAUCUCGUACUCCUCGUGGUCAUCAAACUCCAGCAGCUUUCUUGAUCAUGGCAUCAGGAUUAGAUCACCACGAUGCAUCUUCAACUAAGCCAAUCAAAUACACUCAUUUGGAUAUUGCAGGAUCUGCUGGUGAUAUUCCACAUCCUCCAACUGGUGCUCCAAUUCUUGCUCUUGCCCAAUUGCAUUUAAUGUAAAAGAAAGUUUUGGGUAGAAAGAAAGAAACUUAAGAGGCUGUUGUUUAAUCAAUUCUGCUAACCACAAUUCUUUGUACUUAAUUUUGUGAAAUAAAACUCAUUGAAGUUGCAUCGUCAGCCAAAAAUAAAAUAAAUUGAACUUUU